GCCACCUAGCAAACUUGGAGCAGGCACUCAAAUAUCAGAGUAGUCACAUUGCUGCUUGAAAGGAGCAUAGCUGAGAGCACUGAGGACUGUGAGCAGAGCCUUCUGAGUUGAGCGAACUCUAAAAGAUACCAAGAUGUGGAAGAAGUCAAAAGUGACAGAUAAAUCUGCCGAAGGGCAGAAGGGCAAGAAAUUCAGAUCGAAAGUCCCUGGGGUUAUGAUCACACAGUACGUGGAGGAAAUACCAGAGGGAAAGAGCCACCCAGACUUCACCCGCAAGCCCAUCGCUUUGACUAUUCAGGAGGGCAAGUGUGGGAUGUUCAAAGCCAUUGUGAUGGGUGAACCUGCACCCAAAGUGACAUGGAACCGAGCAAAUGGAAACAUAGACGAUCCAGAGAAGUUCAAGAGCAAGUAUGAUGAGGCAUCUAAUGAACACACCCUAGAGAUUCCUAAAGUAUGUACAGAGGAUGCCGACACCUACAAAUGCUUUGCAACAAAUGAGUAUGGAGAGGCUGUUUGCACUAUCCAGCUGAAUGUCAUUGAAGUUGGAUUCAAAAAGAAGAAAGCAAUAGCAAAGUCAAAAGAAGAACUAGAGGCAUCCAAACCUGUGGCCUUUAGAAAAAUGUUAAAGAAACGUGGAGAAGUCCGUGAGCAAAAGCCACUCGAAUCUGAUGAGAAAGUUUGGGAGAUCCUGAUGUGUGCCGACAAGAAAGAUUAUGAGCACAUCUGCGCUGAGUAUGGCAUCACUAAUUUCCGUGGGAUGCUGACAAGACUGGCUGAAAUGAAAAGAGAGAGAGAGGAGGAGCAGGCACAGUUUAUUGAACAUAUCAGUUCACUCAAACACAUCGAGGUCAAUGCAGAUGAAAAUGCAACAUUUGAAAUUGACAUGGAUCUUAAGGAUCCCAGCAGCAGGAUUUUCCUCUACAAGGAUGGUGUUAUGGUUCCUUACACUAAAGAAAUGGAAGAAGAAACGAAGCACCAACUGAAACGAGUUGGCAAAAAGUAUGUUUUCACAAUCAAAAAUCUAGACCCGGCGGAUGCUGGUCUCUACUCUGUGGAUGUAGAGGGAGUUAAUGUCUUCUCCACUGAUUUCAAAAUCCCACCUGUCAAUUUUGCUGUCAAAAUUCAGGAGGUGAAGGCAGAAGAAAGACAAGAUGCCCUCUUUCAGUGCGUCUUAACGGGACCUAUGGAUGAGAUUCAUUGGAUGGGCAAGAAUGCCCCGAUACAAAAUAACGACAAAUUUGAAAUCACAGUGUCUGAAGACAAGCUCAUCCACAAGUUGUUAGUGAAGGAUUGUCAGCCUUUGGACGCUGGUAUCUAUGCAGCUGUGGCAGGUAUCCAUUCUUGUAAUGCCUGGCUUGUGGUGGAAGUUGAUCAGGACCCUGCAAAUAAAGGCAAGAAAAUAGCUCGCAAAACAACCCAGGCUGGAGGAGGUGAUGUGGAUCUGGAGAAAAUAGCAAAGGAGCAGGCGGAAAAAUACAAGAACGACAUGGAAGAGAGGAUGGCGGAAGCAAAGAUAAAGGCUGCCGAGAGAGGGGCCGCUGACGCAGCCGCCCGGGCCGAGAAAGAGGCUGCUGAAGCAGCCGCCAAGACGGCCAGAAAGGCCGCUAGGGCUGUGGAAGCUAAGGCAGGAAAAAAAGCUGCUAAGUUGAAGGCCAAGGCAAAGAAGGAUGCCUCAGGUGAUGUGGCUGCAGGUGAUGGGGCAGCAGCACGGGCAGAGGGAGAUGCUGCAGCUGGAGAGGCAGAAGAAGACAUAGUGAUAAGCAUGGAUGAGUCUGAUGAGGAAGAGGAGGCCACAAGAACAAAGCGUGUGAGAAGUGGCCCAUUUGUUCCAGACACGGUCAUAGAUGAUGAUGAGGAGGCUCCAAAUGAGCAACCAGAGAAACGUCGUAAACGUACAAGGCAAGGACCACUGCUCAAGGAAGAGAAUGUUGGAAAAACAAAUAGUGAUGGCCCAGCCACAGAUGCAAAAGCCAAAAACAGAAAGGCAAAGAGCGGAGGUGGCGCCGGGCCAGCAGGCAGUGGUGUGUCUGCUGAUAUUGGUGAGGCUGCAAGUGCCGAUGAGGCUUCAAGUGCAGAUGAGACCGACGAGCCAGCAGAAGCUGCUAAGCGUGGCAAGCGCACAGGCCGCACAAGGCCAGGCGUUAUACUUCAGGAGACGGUCGUUGACCCUGGCGUUCACUUCAAUCUUGGGCUUUCUGACUUCACCGCCAUUGUGGGAGACCCAGCUGAAAUUGUCUGUAAGAUGAGCAAGGAAAAUGUUGAUGGGGUAUGGUACAAGGAUGGAGAGGAGAUUGAACCCGAUGAUGUUCUUACCAUGUCUAAAGAUGGAUGCUUCCAAUAUCUCAAAAUCAGCAAAAUCUCAGAGGACUAUGCUGGAAAAUACAAAUUUGAAGCAGAUGGCCGUAAAACAGAGGCCAUGAUUGUUGUUGAAGAUCCACCUAGAUUCGACCCAGAGGGAUUGAAAGAGUUUAUGGUUCCGAUCAUUAUUAAAAAAGGUCAAAAAGCCACUUUCAAGAUAUCAUUUGUGGGUCGGGAUCCAAUGAAGAUCCAAUGGUAUCAUGAGGGCGAGGAGCUCUCAGACAACACAAACAUCAAGAUAGAGCAUGCAGAGGGUCAGAGUCGCCUGCUUCUCAACAAGUUACAGCGCAAAGACACUGGGGAAAUCAAGAUCAAACUCAAAAAUGAUUUUGGAACUUCUGAGGCCUUUGCGAAGGUCGUUAUAUAUGACAAGCCCACCCCUCCAAUGGGACCUCUGGAGAUUAUUGAAGCCUCUCAAAAUGCCAUUGAUAUCAAGUGGAGGCCCCCGAAGGAUGAUGGUGGCUGUAAGAUAGUAAACUACAUCCUGGAACGUCAACAGAUAGGCCGCAACACGUGGAAGAAACUGGGUCCGAUCGGUCCAGAGGCCCGCUACAAAGACACUGAUGUGGACCAUGGCAGGAAGUACUGUUACAAAAUCAUGGCCGACACUGAGAUGGGCACCAGUGAGUUGAUGGAGACAGAGGAUGUCCAGGCAGGCACAAAAGCAUACCCUGGACCCCCUUCUGCACCUAAAGUGGUUAGCGCCUUCAAGGACUGCAUCACUCUGACAUGGAUUCCCCCUUCUAACACUGGAGGAACCAACAUUCUGGGAUACAACAUGGAGAAACGCAAGAAGGGAAGCAAUCUAUGGAGCCCUGUCCAUCCUGCAGAUGAUAGGAUAAAAGAGAACGAGUUUGGUGUGAAAGACGUAAUAGAGGGUAUGGAAUACGAGUUCCGUGUGGCAGCUAUCAACAACUCUGGAGCUGGUGAAUUUGGCGCUCUGUCUGAGUUUGUGUUUGCCAGGGACCCCAAAAAGCCCCCCGGUAAAGUCCUUGACCUGAAGGUGACAGACUCUACCUACACCACCUUGUCCCUGGGUUGGACUAAACCAAGGGAGGAAGAGGGGGUUGAGGAUGAAGCCAAGGGAUACUUUGUGGAGAUCAGACCAGCAGAAAGCCCAGAGUGGGAUCGCUGUAACACUAACCCCAUCAUCAUGACCUCCUUCACAGUGAAAGGCAUGAAGUCAAUGGCCAUGUAUUGGGUGAGAGUGGUCGCUACCAAUGACGGUGGAGAAGGCAAGCCCCAAGAGCUGGACAACUACAUCCUGGCUAUGCCUCCUCCUGUCAGGCCAAAAUUCACUGAUCAAAAAAUCAAGAGUUUCAUGGUGGUGCAAGCAGGGAAUUCUGCACGAUUCAACAUUAACUUUGAGGCCUCUCCGUGGCCAGAUGUCACUUGGCUGAAGGAUGGCGUACCUGUGUCCAAACGGGUUACCAUCAGCAACACUGAAGGGGCAUCCCAACUUUUGAUUCCUUCUUCAGAGCACUCAGAUACAGGAAUCUACACCAUUCUCAUCAAGAAUAUUGUUGGCCAAGAGACAUUCAGCAUUGAGAUCAGAGUCACAGAUGAGCCCAAGCCUCCAGGUCCUGUGGAGGUAGAUGAGAACGUACAGGGCACAGUGACUGUGUCCUGGACGCCAUCUCCUGAUGAGAAGAGGGACAACAGGCUGCACUACCUGGUGUCUAAGCGCGACUCAAGCAAGAGAACGUGGCACACAGUGGCAGACCGCAUAUUUAACAACAAGUUCACAGCCUGUAACAUCUUGCCUGGCAGAGAGUACCAGUUCCGUGUCUAUGCUAAGAAUGACAUGGGCUCUUCUAAACCCUCUGAAUCACUAAAAUGGGAAAUCAAAGGCAAAAGAGAAAAGUUUGUGCUGCAAAUGCCAGAGUCUAAGACCUGCAACCUAGAACACCCUCCUAAGUUUCUUGUCCCUUUGAAAAUGCACACCACUCCACAAGGUUAUGAGUGCUACAUGAGCUGUGCCGUGAGAGGGGACCCAACACCCCAUGUCACAUGGUUCCGCAAUAAUAUCAGCCUCAACACCAACACCAACUACCUCAUCGCCAACACUUGUGGUGUUUGCUCAAUGCUCAUACUGAGGGUUGGAGCCAAGGACUCUGGAGAGUACACAAUCAUUGCAGAGAACCCCCUUGGCAGGGCAGAGUGCUCCACUAAGCUCACUGUCAAUGAUUAGGUCAGCAUUAAAAAGAAGAUGACCUUGCCUUUACUUUUUUUAAAUAGCUUAACACAAGUCCAGUUUCCUGUUUAGUUUUCUAGUUCUGUGCAGAAAUGACAUUUGGUAUAUUUUCAAGUUAAGUGUUCCCUGUAUCACAUUUAAUUUGAUAAUAUUCUCCAUUUUGGGUGCUGCAUAUGUUUGCAAACUCAGGUUGAGUACCAUACAAUGCAUCACUCUUUGGAUUAAGGAGAGACAAUUAUGUAAUGUAACACCAUAGUCUUCAAUAAUCAAAAGCAGCCUGAAAGCAUGUCAAGAACAGUGUUGUGUUUGUGUUUUUUCCCAUCAAAGUGCAAUAUUGGUAUUGGAAAGCUUUAUGAUUGGCAAUUUAAAUUAUGCAUGUGCAAGGCGGUUCUUGUUUACAGUGGCUUUUGAGUACAUUUGAACUAGAAAAAAAACUGUAUAAACAAGCAGAGUGAGUGAUCACAAUGUAAUCAUUUGCAUGGUUUACUGGCAUAAACAUUCAUGUGAGAACUGCAAAUGUGUGGCUGUGGUUCAUUAACUUCAAAGGUACUUAGUAUAUUGUAUAUUUAAAUAUCCUGCUCAAAGAAGACACUUUUAAGUAGCUUUUGAUUAGUCAUAUAGUGACAGACUCCAAUAGAGUGAAACUACAUGCUCAAAUAUGGGAAACAUUGCUAAUUUGCAGAUUAAAGGUACUUGGUCAUCAUUACAUGCUUACUCUUUCCUGUGGCAUGCAGUUUAACAUCCAAAGUUAUCUUAAGUAACAUACUAACCAGUCUAGGUCCAUCAACAGAAGUGAAAUCUAACCUUUAAAAUGCAGGAUGUAGAGAUGCCUGUACAGUGUUCAGUGUGUGCUGCUGAGAAAAUUAAUUUCAUUAUGACACUUCUAUAACCUCUUUUUAAAAGUGUAUUCUAUAAGAACGAGCCCGGACCAAUGUCAAGCAGGUACCUUCGUUUUUUAUUUAUUUGUAUUUUAUUUCACCUUUAUUUAACCAGGUAGGCCAGUUGAAAACAAGUUCUCAUUUACAACUCCGACCUGGCCAAGAUAAAGCAAAGCAGUGCGAAGGGAGGAGUUAGGUAUCCUCCGUUUUGAGGGAGGAGUUAGCUAUCCAGCAACUCUUGGUUGACUUUGGUACCUCCUUUUCAAGACCUGCAGCACUUGGGCCAAAUACUGUAUAUGUCAGUAAGCCUAUCCCUAGCAGUCACGGUGGGAGGGCACGGGCAGGCUUGCAAAGGGUGUAUUGCCUCUAAAAACAAAGACACCACAGAUGUAUCAGAAGGACUGUGGCUGGAAGGAAAAGAGAGGAGAACAA